CCUGGAGGUCCCCUCUUCACGCGUUAAGUGUCCAAUACCGAGCUUGGGUCUGAUGGUAGAAUGCGAUGCUGCGAGCGUGCGAUCUCCAGCAAGUAUAGGUACCAUGCAGGUGCGUAUUAUUCACUGCUUUGGAUCAGUCCCUGGAUCACUUAGUACAUCGAACUUCAUGGCUUUCUGGGCGUCUAUACCUAAGUAUGGACUUAGCUGUCAAGGCCAACAUUCUUCCCGCCAGCCGUAUCUCCGAAAUCUCCCGCCGUCGCUCGAGAGCCGAAACCAGGAUACCGCCAAGAAAGACAGCUUCACUCGCACUUUGACCUGGCAUUCCAGAUUUCGCCUUGUGUCGACUGCAUCGCCCUCCGCUCACGCAAAGCAGCGUGUAGACGUCACCAAAUUGCGACUCGCCAAAUGCCGAUUAUAGCCGAAAAGUCCUUCCGGCGUCUAUUCGAGCAUUCAUCCUGUUGAGCCAUGCGUACAGAAGCAAUCUACGAAAAUCGGAUGCGAGAUGAUGAAUGGACAAAACCGGACGCUUUCAUUCCUUUCAUCGAGCAACUGGUAUGUUGCAUACGUCGAGGACCGAGUAUGCUCUGUGCGUAGCGAAGGGACGUCGAUAAUGAACGAUGCUUGAAUCCCGGCCGCUGGGAACAUCGUCGCUCCGUAGUGAGUCGUGGUCCUCAAAUAGACGUGCGGCAACAACAUCAAUGCUCCACCGUCUUACUCUCUCUAGAGCCUCCUCUGUCAUCCCCUUUACUCUCAGAUCUCCGUCUUGCUCUUCCAAUAACCAUGGCACGGGAAAGCGCACUUGAUCGGUCUCUUCGUCAAGCCCUUGAAGACCGCGCCGAAUCUGGCAUGACCAUCAUCGACCUGUACAAGCGUCCGUUCCCCUUUGCCCCCGACCUCUUCUCCAACGACUACCUCUCCCUGGGCAAAGACCCCAUCCUGCGCAAAAACUUCCUCAAUAGGCUCGAGACCAGUCCCAACCUCUUCGGUUCGACUGGCUCACGGUACGCCAACGGUGACUCGGCGGGCCAUCAGGCGCUCGAGCGGCGUCUGGAGGACCACUACCGUGCCGGCUGUACGCUCCUCUUCAACUCGGGGUUCAACGCGAACCUCGGUUUCUUCGGAUCUGUCCCGCAACCGGAGGAUGUGCUCCUCAUUGACGAGCUUAUCCAUGCCUCGACGAGGGAGGGUAUCCGCCUCUCUGCCGCACGGGACAAUAUGUACCGCUUCCCCCAUAACUCAAUCGACGGCUUCCGCGAGACGCUCAACAAGGUCCUGAAGAACCAUUCGAAGAUCGGCGCAGGCGAGGCAACCGUGUUCGUCGCAGUAGAGAGCCUCUACAGUGUCGAUGGGGACUUCGCGCCACUGAAGGAGAUCGUCGAGAUCGUCGAAGAGCUUGUGCCGGCUGAUAGUGCGCACAUCAUUGUCGAUGAGGCGCAUACCACCGGUAUUUGCGGCCCACACGGAGAGGGUUACGUCUCGCUCCUUGGUCUCAACAACCGUGUUCACACUACCCUGCACACCUUUGGCAAGGCGGUGAACAUGAUGGGCGGUGUUAUCAUCACCACGCCUGCCGUUCGGCUCCAUCUCACCAACUUCGCGAACAACAUCAUCUUUUCUACUGCCCUCCCUCACGCCCUCAUCCACGCCAUUAAUGCCAUCUUCGACGUUAUUGCCAGUCCACGCGGAGACGAGGCACGACGAAACCUCGUCGAGAACUGCAAAUAUGGCCACGCAGCGCUGAGCGCAGCGCUCAAGGACAUCCCAGAUGACAUCCUCGCCGUCGACGACAGCCCCAAUGCGCAUGUCGGCGAGCUUUACUCACCCAUCAUCCCCGUCUUCGUAACCAAAGCUCAGGAGCUCGCCGCGUUCCUGAUCGAGCGCGGGUACGCACCCACGCCGCUCACCUUCCCUGUCGUACGUCGACCGCGCAUUCGCACGCUUAUGCAUGGAGGGAACACUAAGGACGAGAUUGACGGGUUCAUUGCGUGUCUAAGGGAGUGGGCACUCGCGCAGCUUGCGACGACGACGGAUAUGCUUACACCGCGGGCGAGACUGUGAGGUUGUGUGCGAUCCUUUGAGAGGGCUCGACAUGCCUGGUCUGGACUUUUUAUCUUGGUAAAGCCAUGGCUGAUCGAUUGGUUUCUCGUUUAUUAUACAAUUAUUGUGCACUAGAUUGCGUUCUCUGUUACUUUGCUAUAUUCGCCAUUUGAGCUUGGACCUCACUUCUUUGCGUCUCUCGCUCUCUUCCGCAACACCGCGUUCAUAUAUUCUCGCUCCUGCAGCCUGACCCUUGUGAAGGCGGUACUCAACUUUGCAACCUCCUGCCAUCUCUCUCGUCGUUCCUCGAAGUGUUCAUCACCGUGCCCCCACGGUGCUAGGUCGCAGGCCAUUAUCGUCUUCACGGUAGGACAUACGUCUGACAAGACUAGAGCCACCUCCGUAGGGUCGUCAAUCGGCGAAUCCCCCACCAGCAAGAAUGUGAGCUUGCUGUAUACGCCUCGGCCCGGCCGUUUUGGCGACAAGCCCCCACGGGCGCGUGCAUCGAAUACGAUGCCCAGAUCUGUCAAAAAGCGACAGUUCUGCAGGAUUGACAGGAACCCCUUGAAGGUCACCCGUGAUAAACCCCCCCAGCCAGUCAUGCCGCACAAGUUGAGAUUAGUCAUUGCGGGCCAGUAUUCCGAGAGCAUCUUAACGUCGUUGUCAUCGAGCGAGAACGGGACGCCGACAGCGAGGAUCAGCCUCUGGAGGUCCUUGAACUUCGACAGCGGUUGGAUGUCGGCGAAUGUGAGGGUCUGAGGUGGGUCAUCCCAUUCGGGAUCGCUUCCUUGGACGUCGACACAGAUCUCAAGCGCGCUAUCAUCGCCAGCGCGAAGUAUAUGGGAAAGAACGUCGCGGACAUCGUCGACAGUCGAACGGGUCGCUGAGAUUAUGCAGAUAGGUGGAAAACGUGGGAUGUAUGGGAGUAAGUGCGAUACGUCCCCUAACCAAUCGUUAGAAGUGACGGCGAGGCACUUGAGGUUCUGGAACAAGGAAUGGCUUUGUAGCUGCUCGUACCGUUGGUCACUGUGCACGACGAACGCUAGAUCUUCGAGGCUCUCCAAUUUGUUGAGGUAAUUCAGAGCGUUGAUGUUGAUGAAUCCGCAGUUGAGCUCUAGUAGCUUAGGCAGACCCAGGACCAUCUCGGAGACUGCGUGUUCGUACAAAUCGUCCAGGUCGUCACCUCGGACUCGGAGAUGAGUUAUGCCCGUGCAGCGGUUCGUGAUGCCAUACAAGAAUGACUUGGCGACAAAUUGUUCGUCGUCAUCAUCGGUAUCGGGAAGGUGCAUGGACAGGCUCGUGAGUUGAGGCCCACAUAUGGCACUCAAGAAAGUGUACCCCUCGCAUCGAUCGUCCGCCCAGUCAAGGCACUGCAAGUUAGGGAAGAGAGGCGAGGAGCCACUCGGAAAGCUGAGUAACGUGAAGGCCAAAUUGC